UCCCAACAUAAAUCGGAAAUAUUUUUAAUCUUUAAUGUUUUUUUUUAGUACUUCAACUAUAAUAAUUUUACAUUGUUCUUCGAUCUUGCAAGGAAAUACAAUAAAAAUUACCCAUAGAACAGAUUAACUGUCAAUUUCAUAUGUAUGGGGAGAUUAAUUAAGAUUUUCCAGCGAAUUAAAUUAUUACAACACAUACAUGAGAGAGAUAAUCUUAAGAAAAAAAGGCGGGAAAAUUUUUCCUUCUGGAUUGCUGUGAAACAAUAUUCUCAACAUCAACUCUCAGCUCAGCUGCCACGGAUUAGUCACAAAAUCACAGUCCUCGUGAAAUGUGUGCUUGUGAAGUUCUUUGUGGAAAAUUGUGGAUCGCAUGAGGAAGUUUUAAUUGCUAAAAGGAAAAGUGGGAAAAAUUUUGUCUAUCUACGGACUCGUCAGUAGGAGUGUGUUGAAUGCAAAUUUUACUUCCUGCUUUUUUGUGUGCGUGGAAAAAAUAUUUUUUUUUUUUCAAUCUUCCCGUUUGUGGAGCAGAAAGAUGCUGGAAAAAGUGAUCACGUUGAGUGUGGAUCAAUUGAAAUGUUUCGAUGAGUUGCGAUUGAAGCUUCAAGAUUGCCCCCUACUCGUAAUUCGCACUGACAAUGAAUUCCUAUAUAAAUUCCUCUGUCUCAUGAAUUGGGAUAUUGAGAAAACAUUCGAGCGAAUUGUAGCAUUUUACAAAUUUAGGAAAGAUAAUGCAAAGUACUUCCUCUUUGGCCCAAUUAGUCUCCUGGAAAAGAUGAUAAAGACAAAUGCUAAAUUUCUUCUCGAUAAACCUGAUAGAUAUGGACGAUGGGUCUACGUUAUAAAAGUUGCACGAUACGUGGGUGCAAAUAAUGUCUAUGAAAUAGCACAAUUGGACGAUUUGUGGUUUUCUGCAAUUAUCGAUCAUCCAAAUACGAUUAAGAAUGGCGUAUCCGUCUUAAUUGAUGCCAAAGAUGUCCCUCUGAGAUUGGUUUCAUGGAUAACACCAAAGCAUUCGAAAAUAAUGUCACAAAAAUCCGAGAUUGCACCUCUUCGUAUCACAUAUCACAUUGUGAAUUCAUCGAAAGCUCUGAAUAUUGGUGUUAAAUUGGUAUUCCCUUUUCUUUCGGCCGAUGCCAAAAAGACGAUUCACUUUCAUUACUCGGACUGGGAUUCGCUACACCAAUGGAUUGGAAAAGAAGUCCUCCCAGUGGAGUACGGAGGUGUUGUAACACAAUUGGACUAUGAAAAGCUAAGGGAAAAGAUUUAUAACAAUGAGGAUAAAAUACUCGAAAAUAUGACACAUGGCUUUGUGGAUCCUGAACCUGAGAAUUGGGAUAACAGAUGCUCGUUUUUAAAGAAAAUGCCUGAAGAAAGUUUGAUACCAUUUAAGGGCAAGACUAAUAUUUAUGGGAUGGAAUUUGAUAUUCCAUUCACACGUAUUGAGCUGGAAUGUAUCGAUCAUAUGAGGAAAUUAAUAAGAACAUAUCCCCUCCUUGUGAUUCGCUUAGAUGAUAACUUCCUGGCGCGCUUCCUCAAUUGGAGUGGCUGGAAUGUGGACAAGGCUUUCGAGAAAAUGCUAACAUUCUACAAGUUUCGCAAAGAAAAUGCAAAGUACACCCCCUUUGCUCCACUCUCCGACUAUGAGAACUUCAUCAAGAGCAAUUGUUUAGUAAUGCUGGACCAGAGGGAUCGCAAUGGCCGUAGAGUCUACAUCUGCCGUAUUGCACGAUACUUGAUGGCGAGGAGUAUAUACGAGGUGUCGCAUUUAGAUGAUCUGUGGUUUGAGUGUGUUCUCGAUGAACCUGAAACUCAAAAGAAUGGCGUAUCUGUUAUUAUGGAUGUUAAAGGAAUGCCACUUUCUCUUCUCAAGUGGUUAACGCCGAAACAUUCGAGCGUAAUGACAAGAAAAGCAGAUGUAGCUCCUUUAGCCAUCUACUACCAUGUGGUUAAUUCGUCUGGACUUAUGAAGGUGAUUAUGCCCGUGAUCUUUCAAUUCAUGUCACCUGAAACACGCGAACGUGUAUUCUUCCACUAUGACGAUUGGCCUUCAUUGCACAAGUUCAUCGAUCCGGAAACUCUACCACCCGAAUACGGUGGCACGAAAGAGUUGGACUAUGAGAAUCUCAGGCGGCUCCUCUACGACCGAGAGGACUUCCUCUUGGAGUACAUGACGCAUGGCUUCGUAGAUCCUGAACCGGAAAAUUGGGAUCAUCAGCUCUGUGAUGUGGCACGAUAGUGUGCAAUUUGUCAUCAAUCACCUCCACUCCUGGAUCAUAAAACUCAUAAUGCGGGAUUGAAUGUCUCUGUUUGCCAUGCGCUUGCGCUCAAUUAGUAUUUUCACAUGUGAAGUGACUGUGAGAGGAGAGAGUUUUCCCACUUUUCACGAGGAUGGCCCUGCUCAAUCGAUAGCCGGCAACAAGAAAAAUUUUUCCUCUGUGUCUCUCAGCUAGUGCUACUUCAGACGCGGCAACCACUGCAGCUCUCUCGGGUUUUCUCACGAUUUUUCCUCAAUUUUCCCAUCCCAUUGUGUUCUGUCUCUAUUUCCCGUUCUCGUCACACAAGAAAAGUAAUAAGAAAAUUCUUCAGUUUUGCCAAUAGAGUGCUUUUAUAGUGAAAAUAUCAUUCUUUGUGAGAAAAAAAAAUUAAAAAAUAUACAUAAUUUUUUUAUUGAAAAAAAAAAAACUCCUCUUCGUAUACUCGAUGACGAUGGUUAUUCUGGUGGAAUAAAUACUAAUUUCGUAAAUACGCCAUGCACGUUGGAGAAUCUUCCUGAUGGGAAUUGAUUGGGAAAUUAACAAUUUAAACUCCUCCGCCCUAACCUACGUUGUUCCUCCGUGAACCAAUCUGUACGUACAUCGUGAAAUUCGAGGCGAGUCAAUAGAAUUGAAGACGCAGUCAAAUAAAUAAUCAAAUUCUGUGUACAAUUCUUACUCUCUGUGAGAGAAAGUGCAAUAAAUUGCGAUAGUUUACUUUACAAUAUAUACCUCUUCAAUGGAUGUGAGAGGAGG